CAGCUCAUUUACAUUCGUGGGCGGAAGUCUGCAAAUCGUACGGUCUGAGGAAUCCUCUCUUUUAUCAUAAGCAACAAAACCGUAGGAUGAGAUGUGCCCACGAUAGCUAAAGAAGUAGAGAUUUAUUGUAACAAAAGUUAUGGCCCAUCGUUCCCCUGUGGGAGGAGGAGCUGGCAUGUAGCAACGAGAAAUUGUGGAGCACCCUCCAGAAUCUUCCAGAAAUGUUGUCGAGUUCUUGCCUAAUAUUUAGGUUCCUCUCGUAGACUUCGUAUUCGGCGAAUUUUCUCUCUAAUCUAUCUCUCCCUCUGUCCCUCGAUCGAUCAAAGUUUAGCUUCAUCAACUGUUCAGUACAAGUGAAGCUCACUAUUUACAGGCAGUAUCACUUUGGCUUUUAGAUAUAGAGAUGGCAAGCGGGUUUGGUGAAUCAACAAGCAUGCCACCUGAAAGUUCGGCCUGCUCGGGCAAUAAUGCCAAUGAUGCCGGUGAUUUCGAAUGCAAUAUAUGCUUUGAAUUAGCUCAAGAUCCGAUUGUAACCCUUUGUGGUCAUCUCUUCUGCUGGCCUUGCCUGUAUAGAUGGCUUCAUCAUCAUUCACAUUCUCAUGAGUGCCCAGUUUGUAAAGCUCUUAUACAAGAAGAAAAAUUGGUUCCUCUUUAUGGCAGAGGCAAACAUCAGACGGAUCCUCGAGCCAAAUCAUAUCCGGGUAUUGAUAUUCCUAGUCGCCCUGCUGGGCAAAGACCUGAAACUGCCCAUUCUCCUUCCCCUUCCCCGCCACAUGGAGCUAAUAAUUUUCCCAAUGAUGGGUUUGGAUUGAUGGGAGGAUUUGUACCGAUGGCAACUGCAAGGAUUGGUAACUUUACAUUAUCAACUGCUUUUGGUGGUCUUGCUUUAUUCCCUUCAUUGUUCAAUGUACAAUUUCAUGGUUUCCCGGAUGCUACAGUAUAUGGGACAACAUCUAGUUUUCCAUAUGGAUAUCAUUCAUUUCAUGGUGGCCAUGCACAUGGAUUCCCCCAACCAAUGAGACGAGGUCAGCAUGCUGAUAAUGUUUUGAAGAAUCUUCUUCUGUUGAUUGGUUUCUUAGUGGUCCUUGCUCUGCUUUGGUGGUAAAAUCAAUCAUAUGCCGCUUGAAUUUAAACUGUGAUUAGUCAUGUUGAGGUGUCAUCCUGUUUCUGUAUAUAUGCCAGCUGCUUCAAUCAUAUCUUUUUAUUCUCGAGAAAGUUGUCAAUAUGAUAACUUCUGAUUUUGUAGUUGUAAACACUUUCUGAUGGAUUUUAUUAUUUCUAAGAAUGUGUUGCAAAUUGUAUUCUCUCUGCUGAUUGUAUGUGCAUUUUUGUGUUGUAAACAAUUCCUUCGGUUUUAUUGUAUUCAUUUUUUGCUGACACAGAGACAUUAGUUUUGUGAUUAGUUUAUCUUGUGAAUUUGGAUGUUUUGUCUUAUGGCAAAAUCAAUGUUGCCUGGUGCCUCUACUUUUGUUGGAGAGUAUGUUCAAACAAGUUCUUUUUGAGAGUUAUACAAACUGAUUUUCUCCAGGCAACCAAGAAUCACCCCAGACCUUAAUCUAUCUUCCAUUUCCUACCCUCCAUCUCAUUUCCAAAUUUAUCAGAUCUAUAGUCUGCAUAAUACUACAAAUAAAACUCGGGUUUGAACUCCACUGUGCUCUAAGAAAAUUCCUAUUUAAGAAAUAUUUAACUUUGAAAAAAAAAAAAAAAAAAAAAAAAAACAAGAAGAAA